AUGCUGACACAGAGUUCACUGGUCGGUGGAUGGAACGACGGGUAUAAUACCGGCGGGUUCCUGAGCGCCCUUCCCAAGAAUUUUCAACAAGAACAAAAAUUUCACAAGAGAGGUUCUUCUGGUAGUUCUUCAGUUGCCUCGCUUGGUCCACCCUCGCCCCUCAACCACAACACUAUUUACCCUCACAUCGCCACUGGCGACUCCUCAAACUUUCCGUCCAGCUACGACUUUGACUUCAACCAGACUCCUCAUCCCGCCAAAUCAGAGUCCACAAUGAUGUACCCCACAAACUUCAGUGGCAUCGACAUGAGAAGAAUACAGUCUACGGGCAACGACGAGCGCGUGCCCUAUUCUCUAUCUGCGCCUCAGUCAGUCUCGACGAUGAGUCACAAUUCUCCUUCGACGCCACAUACAAAUUACGAGCCAGAGUACGACGAUAAGCACGUUUAUGGUGAGACCACUGUUGCCGACGACGACAUGAUGUUCGAGUACUUACAAUUUGACGCAGGCUAUCCUUCGGCCGCGUACCAACAAUCGUUACAAGAUGUCUUCCCAGACCAGUCCUUCGGUAUGGUGUAUCCUCAGGCGCAGCAGCAAAUGCAGCGCAUGGGAGUACCACAACACAGAUCCAACAUGAUCGCGGACAGAUUACAAGCGGCGCAGCAGGACCACCUGCGCACCGAGUCGCCGACCUCGAACCCCCGAGACAAGUCGCCGUUCACGCAGAACUCACCUUACAACAACAUGCCAGCGCCACCACAACGGCCGCCUACUCUCCAGAAACAGCGGACAUCGAUAUCACCCAAGGAGCUCAUGUUGGACGAUCAUGACAUCGAUGACCAUCAAACCCCGCUGUUCCCCGAUCAGUCACAUUCGAUGUUUGCCAACCGCAGAAACCCGUCGAAGCUGUCGGCGUUUUCCACUCACACCUUGGCCCCUACGGAGUCGUCGAUGCAAAUCCCUGAGCAAUAUCAAUUUCUCGGCCAGCCCGGCCGACAGCAGGAUAUGACGCCAGACUUUCCGGCCCAUCUGCUGUCGAUGGAGUCGACCGGGGACGAAGGACAUUCGGAGCCUUCUAGUCAACAGUCGACACAACAGCCUCGGUCACAGAACCAGGCUGCACCUCAAUCGCAACCUCGGCGGCCUGUUGACACAUCGUCUGACUCAGGCACAUACUCAUGCACGUACCAUGGGUGUCAUCUACGGUUUGAGUCUCCGGCUCAAUUGCAGAAACACAAGAGGGAGGGUCACAAGCAGGCAUCGCCGACCUCGUCAGAAUCGCCGAGCCUGGCCCAACGAAAUACGCAGGCCGGCCCCCACCGAUGCGAGCGGAUCAACCCUAGCACGGGCAAACCCUGCAACUCGGUGUUUUCUCGGCCCUAUGAUCUGACACGACACGAAGAUACAAUUCACAACGCCAGGAAGCAGAAGGUCCGGUGCCAUCUGUGUACAGAAGAGAAGACAUUCUCACGUAACGAUGCCCUCACCCGUCACAUGCGGGUGGUCCAUCCUGAUGUCAAUUGGGUGGGCAAGCAGAAGCGCAAGAAUGCAAAGUGA